CAGCGACUCGGAUUGAUAAGUUAAACAUCAAAACAUUGCAUAUGUCAAUGGGAUUUAAAAAAAACCCCAUAUGUAGUCUCCCUCCUCCCGUGUGUAAUAUUGGAGAAAGUGCUGUAAUUUGCUCAGAUUUUUUUACAUGGCCCGCCCACUGAUAAUUGUUCACUUUGCUGGAUAAUAAUCUGAUCAAAAUCAAGUGCAUUCUCUGCGAGAAAAUUAAAGUGAAGUUCAACAAAGAUAAAAGCCAGGAAGAGUUUCCUUUAAACAGAUGGCCCGGGAGCUGGGCGCCCUAGCCCCUGUGCCGGUCACUGUGUAGUUUCCUUGCAUUUCUAUCAAGUGGCCAGUUGAAGCGGGAAUCCAGCCCGGAUAUUUAGUAGAGCCGAAGGAAAAUAAAGAGAAAAUAUCGCUUCAAUAUCCCCCAAGAUGGCCGCCAAUGUGGGAUCGAUGUUUCAAUAUUGGAAGAAAUUGGAUCUGCGGCGGCUGCAGAAGGAGCUGAACGCAGUUGCCUCAGAACUAGCAGCUCGACAGGAAGAGAGCGAACAAUCUCACAAGCGUCUAAUAGAACUGAGCCGAGAAUUCAAAAGAAAUGUGCCAGAGGAGAUUAGAGAAAUGGUCGCACCUCUCUUAAAGACCUUCCAGGCCGAGGUGGUAGCACUUGGGAAAAGAAGCAAAGAGGCUGAGACUGCCUUUCUCAAUGUUUACAAGCAAUUAAUAGAAGCACCAGAUCCUGCCCCUUCUCUUGAAAUAGCUCGAAAUCUGGAGGAGACGCUGCUCCAACUCCAACACAAUGAACCCGAGACUCAGAUAGAGAAGGAGACCUUCAAGUGCUGUAAGAAACAAUCUGAGCUGCUCAGCUGCGAAGCCACCGAACAAUCAGCAGAAACCUCUCCAGUUAGGAUCAGGGUGUCUGAAGAAUUACAAAAGACCAUCAUAGACAGCACACCACUUAAAAGCGAUAACCUGUCACAGAAAAAUGAGGCAGAAAAAGAAAGCAGACUGCAGGAGGCACAGAUCACCUUGGCUGCCAGGCUCGGGGAAGCAGAAGAAAAAAUAAUGGUCCUUCACUCAGCUUUGAAGACAACACAAACAGAGCUCCUGGACCUGAAGUGUAAAUAUGAUGAAGAGGCAGCAGUGAAGGCAGAUGAAGUUGGGAUGAUCAUGACCAAUUUAGAGAAAGCUAAUCAGAGGGCUGAAGCUGCUCAGAGGGAAGUGGAGAGUCUCCGGGAACAGUCUGUGAAUUGCUCCAUUCAUUUGGCCUGUCGUUCUCCACGGAUUGGUGCAGUGGAUCAAGCAAAUGUUUUGAUGUGCCCUGGUUCGAGACUGGAAACAGCCUUGGUUGCUAAAGACCGAGAGAUCAUCCGACUGCUGAAAGAGAUUCAACACCUCCAGACCGCAUUCCAUGAGCUCCAGGAGAGCUCGGCCAAUCAGAUUGCAGAGUUGGAGCAGCAGCUAGCUCUGAAAACUGAAGCUGUGGAGAAGUUAGAAAAGAAAUUGUGUGCACAAUUAGAACAUGAAGAACGCAAAACCGAGUCAAGUGUUUUCAAAUCUGUGAACCCAGUGUCUGCUGACGACUGGACAUCCCAGGAUAGGAAAAAAGAUAACAAGAACUAUCUGCCAGAAAAAGAGAUGGCCCUUGCACCUGAGAAGAGAUGUUUACAAGAGAAACCAAAUGCAUAUGCAGAGAUGGAUGAAGCGCAGCCUGAAGAAGAUGCUGUGAGAGAUGCUCUGAACAGAGUGAAGGAUUCCUCAAGUGCUGAACAUUCUUCGCCGUCCCCUCAGCCUGUUCCACUUUGGUGCAGAGAUGAGCAAGUCUCUCCGAAGGCCGUACCAGCACAUGUGUCAAACCAAGGACCGGAGACAUCAGGAGCAUUUCCCCUCUCUCCAAUCCCCUUAGUUAAAACAAAUGAGAAGCUCUGUGCAGAGCCACUGCACCAUCGGCCCUUGAUGUCUCCUUUGUACUCAAAAGAGGCUGCAAAUACAGUUGUUUAUCCAACUGCGCUCUACUCUGCUAAGGGAGCUCUAAUUGCAGGGAACAGUUCCAGUAACAGUGAGGCCGUUCCUCCCAGUGACCAGUCAGAAGGCAGCAGUUCGAGUGCUGCUGACGAGGAAUAUCUGGAGACAGCUGACAUUGCAUUUCAGGUUAAAGACCAGCUGCUAAAGCACAACAUUGGACAGCGAGUGUUUGGACACUACGUUCUGGGAUUAUCGCAAGGAUCUGUUAGUGAGAUUCUUGCCAGACCCAAGCCUUGGCAUAAGCUUACUGUUAAAGGGAAGGAGCCAUUUAUUAAGAUGAAGCAGUUUUUAUCUGACGAGCAAAAUAUCCUCGCCCUUCGAACUAUUCAAGUGCGACAAAGAGGGAGUAUAACUCCCAGGAUUCGGACUCCAGAGACCGGAUCAGAUGAUGCCAUUAAAAAUAUCCUGGAGCAGGCAAAGAAAGAGCUUCAGACUCAAAAAUCUGUUGAAUGUAAGAGCUCUCCCUUGCCUGUGUGCAGCACAAGUUCCAGCAAUAUUGCCGGUUCAGAUGAGGCGAUUCGGUCUAUUCUGGAGCAGGCCCGGCGAGAGAUGCAGGCCCAGCAGCAAGUUCUGUUGGAGAUGGAGACCAGUGGCGGCAACAGCAAUGCCGUGACAACCCCACACGUCGAAACUUUACCAGCCACAAACAAAGUCCCUCUUUCCUCUUCGAUUAAACAAGAAGAAGGCAUUGCAACUAAGAGUUCACAGACUCCUCUCAGUGUCGUCUCACCUGCAGCUUUUGUGCAGAGCAUAAUACGAAAGGUGAAGUCCGAGAUCGGUGAUGCUGGGUCGUACUUUGACCAGCACUGGGCCAACGACAGGAACGUGGCUCAUCGCCUGUACGCUUCGGUGUCGCCCUCACCGUCAUCCUCUUCCUGCGGCUCAUCUGGGGCAGGAACCGUCCGACCGUGGCGAGCGGAGCCCAGCGAGAGCGGCAAAAGUGGGAGCGGUGAGGAGCAGUCAGCCGGACUUGAAAGUACAAAUAAACUUGUGGGCGUAAAAUCAGAGGGCAGCCCGGACUCUCAAGGUAUGGGACAACUCUCUGUGUUCCCUGCUUACGUCCCCCGGUCGCUGAAACCAACAGUACCUCCGCUGACUCCAGAACAGUACGAAAUGUACAUGUAUCGGGAAGUGGACACUCUGGAAUUGACCAGACAAGUUAAAGAGAAGCUGGCCAAAAAUGGGAUCUGCCAGAGGAUCUUUGGUGAAAAGGUGCUGGGCCUGUCCCAGGGCAGUGUGAGUGAUAUGCUGUCUAGACCCAAGCCGUGGAGUAAACUGACGCAGAAAGGCCGCGAGCCUUUCAUCCGUAUGCAGCUGUGGCUUAUUGAUAAAUUAGGCCAGAACGCGACGCACCCCGCACAACCUGUACAAGCAAACAAUGCCAUUCAGCCCAGAUAUUCUCCGUCGCCUCCGUCCAGCCCCGCGGUCUGUGAGAAGGGCCAACAGGAACCAGUCACUGCUGCUCUGGAAAGCACAAAAGAGAACCAGCAACCCGAGAGCCAAUCAUCUUCCCACUCGCUGUGCGGUAAGGGUCUGUCCAAUGGCCAGUCACCUACAGGCAUUCAAGAAAUGGUGGCCAUGUCUUCAGAGCUGGACACUUACGCCAUCACCAAAAAGGUUAAAGAAGUGCUAACGGACAACAAUUUAGGUCAAAGGUUAUUUGGAGAGAGCAUUUUAGGACUGACACAAGGCUCUGUCUCUGACUUGCUUUCUCGACCCAAGCCCUGGCACAAGCUGAGCUUGAAGGGGAGGGAGCCGUUCGUUCGCAUGCAGCUCUGGCUGAAUGAUCCCUUCAAUGUGGAGAAGCUGAGAGACAUGAAGAAGAUGGAGAAAAAAGCGUAUCUGAAGCGUAGAUAUGGAUUAAUAAACACGGGAUCUGACAGUGAUUCUCCCAGCACCCGAUCAGAAUCAGCCAGCCCAAGCAUUCCGCACCAAGUAUUCCAUCAUUACCAGGUGAAGAAGCCCAGGGUGGUGCUUGCUCCUGAGGAAAAGGAGGCCCUAAAGAAAGCCUAUCAGCUGGAGCCAUACCCCUCCCAGCAGACCAUUGAGAGCCUUGCUGCUCAGCUCAACCGUAAGACAAGCACGGUCAUCAAUUGGUUCCACAAUUACAGGUCCCGUGUUCGAAGGGAAACGCUUGUUGAGGAUCUGCAGGAGAACGAUACAGACCAGGAGCCAACCGGCUGCCAAGGGUACGCACACCACAACAAUUCUCUGAGUGGCGGCCAGCCACAGAGUUCUGACUCGGAGCCCGAAGACAAGAAGGUCGUCUUUGCCGAGAUGAAAGGCAGGCCGCCGCCGGCUGCAGUGACGCACGCGGAAGCUGGAAUGGAGAUUAAACAGGAGUUCCGGGAUCGCGGUGAAGAGGAGGAUUAUGACCACUGUGCGACCUGUUGCGUGGAAGAGGACGUAGGAAGCAUGGCUUCAUCUGCGCACUUCCCUGCCGCUCUGAAACAGGAUCGAGCAGACUGUAACCAUGAGAUCCAUUCAUUAAAAACUACCACAGUCCUGCAUAUCCAGAAUCCUCAGUGCUUGAUCAUUGGUACAUCUAACUAUGACAAGUUUCACGUUAAUUCGUCGGAUCUGGCAUCUCCUGGCAAGUCUCCAAAGCCAGACGAGUACGUCCCUGCGCCUAACAUGGCAGAAAGCAACGGUUUCAAAGCAAUUUCUGAGCUUGCGUGUGGCGGUGUGGAGGUGGCUCUGAAUUCUCCUGCGGCCUCUUCACCGGGCCUCGUGCCAGCUUCACCAGUCCCAUCCUCCUCCGCUCCCAUCUCUCCCUCGCCUCCCAGUGCCCCACAGGGGCAGUGCUUGAUUCCUGGGACUGAUAACGUUCCUCUACAGCCAAACUCGAAGCUAACGAAAAGCAUCCAGAGACGCCACGCAAAGAUGGCAAACCUGAAUAACAUCAUUCACCGCCUGGAGAAGGCGGCCAAUCGAGAGGAGCCCACAGACUGGGAAUUCUAACGAGAGGUUUUACUCCGGGCAGUGAACUUGACACAAAACCACAGGAGGUGACAAUUGAACUCGUCAAGAGCAGAAAGAAUUUUAAAUGUUUAAUUUAAAUUGAGACUUGGGGAAAGACAAAACUGCAACAGUUUGUGCAGAAAGCUUUGAACUUUUUGAAUUCAUUCUUCAAUUAAUCUUCCAGAAUCACGUUUAGCAUCUGAGGAAACAAAUAUUGACCACUAUUUUAAACAAAAAAAAUCAAACAACUUUUAGAAAAAGAAAUAUUUAUUUGUACAUGUCUUAUAUUAAGGACUGGUUGAAAACUCUGCUGUAGCAGUUUUCCUAUUUGACAUUAGCAACAGAAUGAAAAUAACAAACAUUGAUUUCAGUGCCAUUAAAUGCACACUUGAAGUCCUGUACUUUGCCACAGGAAGAGAUUAAAGACUAUAGUCUAAAGCCAUUAAACAGCACUAUGAUCCAGAAGGCUGACCAAAUUUGCUAGCUCAUGGAUAGAAAUUGUUUUCUUAAUUUUUGUCUUCAAGACAAUUAAUUCAUAAUUACCAGAAGUAAACUCUGAUAUAGUCAAGAAGACUCUAAAAAUAGGAACCUCGACACCAGGAACUAUGUUCUUAGUUUUGAUCAUGUGUUUUCAAACAUUUGUAACACAGGGUGUUAUGUGCAAUUGUAUAUGUUGUAGAAACUUCUGCAAUAGCCUUUCUUGAACAAGCUAAAGCAUGGUACGUGAUUAACUCUUCACUCCUGUUAGAUACUCGCCUGUGGUGUUCUGAAGAAUACCAAUGUCCGUUGAACAGAACGUUGCCCAGCAAAAAGAAGUAAUUUUGGGAGUUUACAUUUUGUGUUUGUAACUGACUAUGGGACUAUGAAUCAAACUCAGUAAAGCAGAAGGGGCAGCGGACAAAAAUCUCCGAUGGAGGAGAAUAAAUUUCACUUCCCAUGUUGCCACGGCCUGGCGCUCAGCAACUGGACCCUGAUCCUUGCGUGAGCAUCCUCCAGUCCUAACAGUGCAGCUGGCCUCUUUCAGAUCAAUCCUGAUUUCUAUCCACAUUUUGAAGGGUUUCUUUCCCACCUCCCCCCACCCUCCCCCACCACCCACCUUUUUAAGAUGUAGUCGAUGUGAUGAUGUUUGGUGUAAUCUCACUGCUGAAGAUUGAUGUGGGUUUUGGCUCUUCAGGGUUUCCUGCAGCACUUGAUUUUGUCUUGCAACAGAUUUAAAUCCUGUUUUGCUCAAGGCUACGGUAAUGCACUCGAUCAGAUUCAACUGAUCUUUUUUAUCCCUGCGUUCAUCUUACCUUAUCUUUUGUAUUUGUAAAACAAAAACAUGAAGGCUGAUCCCUAUCUAGCCUUUGUAGUCUUUCUCAGCACUUAGCCUCUAAAUACAAUAUAUUUCCGUUGGUAUUGUGUAAGAGUUUUGACAUGCAGAUUGAUUUAUUCUCUGAUGUGCUGUCCCAAAUAUAGUCCUUCGGGUCACUAUUUUACAUUAAUUGCCUCAGAUACUGCAGGCUGCGACCGUCCAAGAGGAAGGACAACUAAAGAGCAAUUCAAAGGAAGGCAAGCCAUGCGCGCUGAGUUUAUUCCUUUCGUGACAUUGUUUGUACACGUUUGAAUUUAAGCUGUUCUCAGUGGUGUUUUAUAGUUAAAUCUUUAAAAGAUAGCGGAUGUAUUUUCAUCCUCAAUAUAAGAAGGAGUCAGAACAAUUAACAUUAGAUACUAAGCGAAUCAGCCAUUUUAGAUGUGCCCUUUUUAGGCCGAGAUUCUGCAGUCUAUUUGACCUGAUGCUAAAAUAUGCAUUUUGUUCCCAUUAUACAUGCAGGUUUACCCUGCAGACCAAUCUCAAGAUGGCAACUGUAUUAAACCAAUUGUCAUAAAAAUUCUGUGCAGCUGUUGCUGAAUUAAAGAUGUGCAGGCUUCAGUGUGACAGUUGAGCCAAUACAAUCAAUGUUUAACAAUCAAUCUAUUGAGCACAUUCAGCGAGAAAGGUUGCCUUCACAAAACACUGUUUGAGGCCAGGAAAUAUGAACACACAGGCUAAUAUCACUCUUUGGAUCCAUAGCAUUACGUUGCUUAAUGCUGGAAAUCAAUUUCUCUUUAAGCAUCCUCUACUUAGAGCUGUGGCUUGGACACAGUUCAGCAGAAACGAAGAGAUUUCAAUUAAGUUUGUCUUUGUCCAGUCGACGAUUGUUAUUUACCUGUUGGUGAAGGACCAGUACUCUGCCACUCAACUGAGGACUGGAAGGGCCAAAUUCUUUCAGUCACGCAGAUUUGAAACUCUCUAAGUCUGCAUUUUUACUCCAGUGGCUGGUAAGUACAUCCUGGUAAAGAAAACUGGGAAUAUGCUCUGUAACUAUACUCUCAGUUUUUGCAAUUAACAGCAUAUUGAAUUCAAUGUAUAAUCAAUAUUAAGCAUAUUGAAUUGAGUGUAAAGUCAUUCAGCAUGAAGUGAGGUGGAAAGGGAGAAAGGUUUCAUUGAAGAAGGCAUUUUUAAAAUAAUCCAACUGUAAGCAAAUUCUAAAGAAAUGAUACUGCACUCAGGUAGCCGUAAAUAUUCAGCUGCAGAGAGGUUAUAAUUAAUCCUCAACGCUGUUUAAAAAUUCACAAGCCAACUACCCUUUCUGGCCUAUUAAAAGAGUAUCUCAUGGUGAAGUACCACACUUCCGUGUAUUUUAAAAUGUCAAAUCCUGUCAAGAUUCUGGCUUAACAGAGCAACUCAGACAAUUGCUUCCUGAUUCCUAAAUUGAACUGUGUAUCUGGUGACAGUGGGACUUGCUGUCUAAUUUAAUUAAAAAUAAAUGAGUUCUGAUGCUUUAAUGUAACUGUACAGUCCAAGCCAACAGGAUUAACUAAGUACUGUCAGUGGUAGUUUAUUUAAUUCUUGCUCUUCCUCAUCUAACUUGCUAAUUCCAAUUAGCAAGUAGUUUGUAUUUCUAACUCUGGGUUUAUUGGUAAUCAUUGUUAUUUGCUAUGCUUGGCAAUACAAAGUCCUCUUCACGUAUCAAAGCAUAAUCUUUGCCUUAAAGCACAAAUUCCACGCAUUUAACUUUGUCAGUGUGAUGUUAAUAAUCUGGGGUUUAGUCCAAGACAAGUUUCAUUGUAAUGGGUGUAAAUUCCCUGCUGUAGUUCUUAUGUAACUGUGCAUGUUGGUCUUCACCAUGGGGAUUGGAAACCCAGCGGGGUAAUAUCAAGGGACCAAAAGUGAAGGCUCUCAAGCAAUCUAAAGAAAAAGAAAACUGAGGCUAAGAAAAGAAGGUUACAAAAUGUUUAAGCAAGUAUUUUGGUUAUUAAACUUGAAAUAAACUGUCCGGUGUCCCAGCGAUGUGGAACCAUGCAACACCAGAUUUAUUUGGCCCAUCUUGUGUUUAUCAGUCCUUUGAAAGAAAUAUCCAACUUGUCCCAUUCUCAUCUUCGAUUGCCUUAGCCCAGCUAUUCUCCCAAGUGUAUAUCCCUGACAGGAGAAAGUCUUCAGAUGCUAGAAAUCCAAGGCAACACGCACGCAUAAAAUGCUGGAGUAACUCAGCAGGCCAGGCAGCAUCUAUGGAAACGAAUAAAUGAAGUUUCCGGCCGAGACCCUUCCUCAGGACUUGAGUUGCCUUUCAGCUCAUGUACGUGCAUGUAGAGAUCCAGCAAGAUGGACGAUUGGCCUCAUCCUGUUCUGAAUGAUUCUACCUGGUUGGGACGUGAAAUGAGUAUAAAUGAUUCUCAGUGACUUCCUGGUUCUUCUGUAGAUUAGCUGAAGGCUCUGGUCUCGAGUUACUGACCAUGCGCAGUGGAAAGAGUUCUCCCUAUUUAUCUGUAUCGAAACCCCGAGGUUCUGAAGAGCUCCGAGGUCCCUUCUGCUCCCCAGAACAGUGGUCCACAACCCUCUUACCUUUCUGACAAACCCUUCCGUCGUCCUUUCCAAAACCCUGACUUAAUUGAAACUCAUCCAGGGAUAGUUAUGAGAGCAGUCUCUUCAGUAUUGGCAUUUUUCUGCUCUGUGCUUGCAUCCAUUAGGAGCUAGUUCAAGCUCAUUACACUGUGGAUCAUUAUUAAAUUAAUCAGUUUCUAUUAAAUCCCAGGACUCAGUGGCAAAAGGACAGUACUUCAAUGCUGCUAUAACAGCCUGUUCGCCUGAUCAAGCGGCUUGUGAGCCAUUAUGAUUGAAUGGACCUUCCGAUGGUUCAAUAUUUUAUAGAGGUUUGUUUUUAAAAUUAAUUUAAAUGAGCAAUAAUCUUUAUUGCCAAUCCCAUAAGUGGGUACGUUUUCAUUUAUUUUUAAACAAUAAAAUAUUUUACUUGCCAUGUUACAGAUAGAA